AUGCCUCACUGGAGCUCUGCUACUUUGGAGCCCGCCUUCGACUAUAGUCGCGAACAACGGUCAGCAGCUCCGUCUCCGGAAAUAUUCCUCGUCGAACAUCUUACCGAGGAAGCCAUGGAAGGUCAGCUUGGAGGUCGUUCGCGAAAAGAUUUUAACUGGUACCGGAUGAGCGAGUCGCUAAAGCCGCCUUUUCCAUCGUCCAGCCCCCAGUCCAGCCACGUUGCGGCCGAUUGCGAACAGCCUUCGCCCGCUCCCGUGCAACGCGAAACCCAAGCACGGCCGCUGAAACCACAGCAGGUGGUCGGAGAUCCCUGGAGAACGUGGGAGCGGUUCAUUGAGAUUGUCUAUGUAGGGCCGGUCUGGCUGGCCCACCGGAGGAGCGACAAAGCUGACCUAGCUCAUGUCCAGCAGCUAGAACAGCAGCCCUCCGUCAUGAAAGCUCUACUGGGCUCGGUCGGCGAGGGGUUUCAUCCCAGUUUCCUAGCCUUGAAAGGUUGCUACCUCCACGAAAAUCGUACGUUCCUGGCAUGGGAGCCCGUUGAACUGUCCCCCGGCCAGAUUCUGGCGUCAAAGUGUUUUUCUUAUCUCCGAGUGCGAGAUCGCUGCGAUCGUUCGACUGGUAGGUGGCAGGAGUCCGUGAGAGGACUCCAGGCGAAUUAUCAAUAUACCCAGAAGAAGGUGGUUGACCAGAAUUGA